GAACGGUGAAAAGCGGGCUAGCAAACAUUCGAGAGGGAAACAAAGAGGGACCAACAUCCUACUACUGUUGGACGCGAAAAACUGGAUUCAUUUACUUUUUCAUAUCAGGAUACUUUGGCAGUUAUAUCAGGUCUUCGCAAUGUCUCACAAACAGAUAUACUACUCUGAUAAAUAUGACGACGACAAAUACGAGUACAGGCAUGUCAUGCUACCAAAAGACAUUGCAAAGCGUGUACCCAAGACCCAUUUGAUGUCUGAGACAGAGUGGAGGAAUCUGGGGGUCCAGCAGAGCCAAGGAUGGGUGCAUUACAUGAUCCACCAGCCAGAGCCACACAUCUUGCUGUUCCGGCGCCCUCUUCCCAGCCAGAAGUCAUAAGGCAGAGAACCUCUGGGUCCUUGGAAGAUCAGUCCUACCUAUGUGCCACAGAUCAACUCAUCAAACUAGGAAUCAUGCCGUCAGGUUACCAAACUCUUGUGUGGUAGGUGACUUGUGAUUUGGACUGAUCAUGUUGGACCUGGAGAAGGACUAUCACAUCUAUGAACAGUGGUUGUAGAAUGGAGUAUGCGUUGAAGGAAAAAAUAUCAUCACCCUUCUCUUAGGGAAAAGACUUCCUCAUGUGCUAACAGCGACACGCCGUCUGACGGAAAACCUUCAAAUGAGCUUACACUGUCUUUUUUGACUGAUCUGUCCAACUUGCUGAACCUGCUUGGAUAUUCCAGCUUUUUAGAACAAUUGUUAUAAGAUAUGGAGAGUGAAACUUGUCAAAACAUUUUGAGUCAUUCUAACAGUGUGUUCUGGGUCAAACUCUGGUCAGAUCACACGCCAGACAGAACAGUUGAAUCGUAAAAUUAAGUUUGACUCUGAAACAUCAAAGUGCGGUUUUAAGUGACAUGUUGCUGCUUGGUUUAAAUGACACUGUAAAUUGGCAUUUAACACUUUUUGUCAUGUGCAUGAAAAGCCACAUCUGUUAGAGUCACUUCAGAAAAUAGAUUUGAUCCCUUUCCCCACACAAGAGCAUAUUUCUAUUAGUGUUGGCUGCUCAGUAUUUAUAAAUGUGUUGCCCUUUCUGAAAUAAAUGUAAACUUUUAAAUCUAGUGUGGACUCUGGCAGUGUUUUGGCAGCAUUUGCUACUUUAGGAUUACAUGGAGCCACAUGAAAAUUGAAUAAAUAAAUAAAUAAAUAAAUAAAAAUGAGUUGGGUGAUGGCAGACAGACACUACCCUAAAAAUGCUCUUACUUGAUAAAUCCGGAUCAUUGAAUGAGAUAUUGAAAAGCCAAUUGCGUUUGUUUUGGAUUGUGGUAUCAAAUACUGUUGCAUUAAGGCACUUGUUUUGUCAUACUUGCACCAACUCUGACCUGUUGUUUACCCUUUGUCCCUUUUCAUCACCACAUACUGAGCUGCUCUGCUGUCACUGGCGCCAAAUCUCUGCCUUGAGUAACUGUCCUGUGUGAACUUGUGCCUUUCUGUACGGUUUGCUUUUGUUCAGUUCUUUUUGACAGAAUUAGUAAUUACAUGUGUAGAUAUAGAGCUGCUCUGCCUUUCAGAAUUAUUAAAAAAAUCAAUGCAGUCAUAUCAUAAUGAUGCAUUUAAGUCUUUGAUCAAACAGCUGAAUUAAACUGUGGAUGCUGUCCCUUUAUGCUUGUUUGGUAAUCUUAAAAAUUACAAGUUCUUGGAGUAUGUUAGGUUGAGUGCAGAAUUAAUAACACCCCAUUUUGCUUUGCAAAGGUAGCUGCUGCAUCAAAGGGAACAGUUUCCUGAAGUUAAAGCUUUACUAUGCAGGAAUUGUUGGUUAGUGCUUGUAGAUAGUAUUACAAGUGAAAGUUAGUCACUCCCCUUUGCUAUAUUUGUAUUUUUCCAGCACUGUUACUUUGUGAUUUUUGUAGCUUCCUCUUGGAUUUGUGCUGCAUAUUGUCUGGCACCUGAUCACUACCUGUGCACUUUGCCCGAGAAUAUCCUGAACUUUGCAAAAUAAGAAAACCGAAGCAGAGGGUAGGGUGACUGCAGGUAAUUACACUGCCUAGUGGGUCAUAAAGGAUGAUUGACAGGGAUUACUUUCGCAAGAGUAUACAGGGGUUUUUAGGAAAGUCCUGCAUAGUACACAAGGUGGCUGAGGGUCGUUACAAAGUCUUACAGUGUCUCAAACACAUUUACCAAUAAAAGGCCUUAGAAAGUAUUGACAGUAUUUGAUGCUGGUGCGUCAGGAAACAUUAAAGCAGGAGGGAAACUAUUCUAUGAGGGAACUGACUUCGACACACCUGUAUGCGUGAGAUGCCCUUAUUGUCGCCCCUUCUAUGCGUUUAAAACAAGGAAUGAAACUGCAUUGUUAAACUAAGGCUUUGCUAGCCAGUCCACUCGUGACUUUUUCUUUGUCGAGUGGUAAGCACAAAGAGUAUCAUCUGUAACACUUUAAUUUACUGUUUAAACUGACAUUGGUGUGCUUACUUGGUCUUGGAAAGAAUAUAUUGUCAUGUUUGGUGUGUAUUUCCAUUGCAAGUUCGGUCUUAAAUUACAUUUAAAGUGGUAUUUGCAAGGUCUUAAAUUUAACUUGAUUAAAUCUGUCGACACCCUGG